AUGUACACCCCCAUCGGUCCCGCGGCUUCCCAGCCUCGAGGAAUGGCGUCGUUGCUUCAUUGGAAGGCGUACUUUGUCGUUGUGUUCGUUGCGUUGGGCGUGCUCUUCACCGCGUCCAGCAUCCACACGGGCCAAUCUGCCACUUCCGUCUCGGUUGCGCUUCCUGUGGCCAAUAUGCAAACGCUCCCUUCGUUGGCAUCAUCGUCAUCAUCGAUUGCUCCUGUGUCGUCGGAGGUCGAUCCCGUGGAAGCAAUCCUUCGCAACAUGACGUUAGCGCAAAAGGUGGGUCAGAUGCUGCAAGUGGACAUUUCGACCGUUUUGUACGGCAAGAACCGCAAUCCCCGCUUUGCGUUGAACAAGGCUCGCGUGGCGUACUAUGCCAAGCUCGGCAUCGGGUCGUACUUCAACUCGCCAUUUGCCGGAGGUCCGUCGCGCCAUGAGUCGUGGACGGCGGACGAAUGGCAUGACGUUAUCGACCAGAUCCAGGCCAUCUAUGCCCAACACAACGCCGUGCCAGCUAUCUACGGUAUCGACACGAUCCAUGGCGCCAACUACGUUCGGGAUGCGGUCCUCUUCCCGCAGCCAUUGGCCGCUGCGUCGUCGUUCAACUUGGACGUAGCCUACCGCAUGGGGGAAGUGUCUGCCAAGGACAGCUUGGCGGCGGGCCUGCCGUGGAUCUUCAGCCCUGUGCUAGGCCUAGCCAUGCAGCCCAAGUGGGCUCGGAACUACGAAACAUUUGGCGAAGACCCGCACACAGUGUCUGCGUUUGGCGUGGCCCUCAUCCAAGGACUGCAAGCCAACAACCGAACGGCGGCAUGCAUGAAGCAUUUCAUUGGGUACUCCAACCCGACUUCAGGCAACGACCGGGCGGACAGCGUCAUUUCCGACUUUGAACUGGUCAACUAUUACGCCCCAUCCUUCCUGGCGGCAGUCCAUCAAGGCCGCGUCAAGUCGGCCAUGGAAACAUACUCGAGUGUCGACACGACCGGCCACGUCAUCGGCAAUCGAACGGCCGAUUUGGCGUUGGCUGCCUCCAGCGCCUACACGAUUGUGGUCGUGGGCGAGGCAUCGUACACGGAAAAGAACGGAGACAUUCCAGAUCUGCACUUGCCAUUGGGCCAGCGCAAGUACAUCAAGCAACUCACAGCCAUUCCUUCGACCAAUGUGAUUGUGGUUGUGGUGGCAGGACGGCCGCGGCUGCUCGGGGGCGCCCACAAAAAAGCCGCCGCGGUGCUUGUCAGCUUUUUGCCCUGUGAACAAGGCGGCCAAGCGAUCGCGGACGUCAUCUCUGGUCGCGUGAAUCCGUCCGCCAAGCUCCCAUUGACGUACCCCCAGGCCAGCGGCAACAUCCACCUCCCGUACUUCCAUCGCGUCAACUCGGAAUGCCGCGAGGGGUUCCAAGACUGCGCCAUGGAGUGGACAUUUGGGGCUGGCCUGAGCUACACGUCGUUCGAGUACUCAAAUGUGACACUGUCUGACACCAAAGCAUGCAUGAAGCAUUUCAUUGGGUACUCCAACCCGACUUCAGGCAACGACCGGGCGGACAGCGUCAUUUCCGACUUUGAACUGGUCAACUAUUACGCCCCAUCCUUCCUGGCGGCAGUCCAUCAAGGCCGCGUCAAGUCGGCCAUGGAAACAUACACGAGUGUAAAUGGGGAGCCAGUGAUUUCCAGCCACAAGUUGCUUGUCGAGUUGCUCCGAAACGAUAUGGGUUUUCACGGGGUAUUAGUUACGGACGAGAACGAAAUCCACCAGUUGGCAGCCGAACACCACGCCGCCGACUCGGACGUCGAUGCCAUUUUCACAGUGUAUAACCACACUAGCGUCGACAUGAAUAUGCUGCCAGGGCUAUCUGAUGUGGCCAAUAUGACGUUAUCAUUGGUCCAGCAAGGCCAGAUCUCGGCGAAACGACUGGACGACAGCGUUCGGCGCAUUCUGCAGAUGAAAGCCAGCAUUGGGUUGCUGGAUCAAUACAACCAUGGACAGUUUGAUUGGCAAGACAAGGAUGACGUGGCCGUCACCGACGCGGUCGGGAGCGCGGCCGACCAGCGAGACGCCAAGGCCGCCGCGGACGAGUCGAUCAUCUUAUUGGAAAAUUCGCCGAAACUUCCCGUGGAUGCCGUGAGCCCCAAGUUCACUUUGCCCAUCGAAGACCCCCAAGCCAGUGUGUUUGUGACGGGGCCACUGGCAGAUUCCAAAGCCUUUUUGUGCGGCGGAUGGUCCAUCUUUUGGCAAGGCACAGACAACUCGACGUUGAUUCCGCAUGGAGUGUCUGUUCGAGACGCCCUCAAUCACACGUUUGCAAACGUCCGGUACGCCGAAGGUGUCGACACGACCGGCCACGUCAUCGGCAAUCGAACGGCCGAUUUGGCGUUGGCUGCCUCCAGCGCCUACACGAUUGUGGUCGUGGGCGAGGCAUCCGCAAUCCGGUCCAAUGGAACGCUGACGUUGGAUGUGACUGUCACCAACACGGGGCUUCGUGCCGGCAAAGAAGUCGUGUUUGUGUUCAUCUCGCAAAAGGUGCGUCAUGGCGCGGUGCCCGAAGUCAAGUUGCUCAAACACUUUACCAAGGUGUCACUGCAACCCCAAGAAGCCACGACCGUUCGAUUUACGCUGUCGGCGGCCGACUGGUCGUACUAUCGCCCCCAAAUCGGCCGCGGGUUCCACUCCGUGUCGGAGCCAGGGCUGUUUCAUGCGAUUGUUAAGCACGACACGGACUGCGGAAGGCACCCGGCGCUGUGCAAGGCGUUCCAUGUCGACGCGUAG